CUCAAAGCAAGUUAUUAAAAAAUGCAGCCGAACACUUUAAUCUGCCUAAGCCUUUUGCUGUUGGCUUCUUUACUAAACGGCGUCCAGGGCGACGAUAAGAUGCCCGCCACAGAAGUCAAACGCUGCUCGGGCAACAAGCCUUUUCCGUUGGAGGUGCGAGUUAGUGGCUGUGUGGUGCCACCAUGUGAUGUCAUCAAAGGGACUGUUCAGACGUUUGAGAUUGAUUUUGCUGUAGACAAGUAUAUUACUAGUGCUACGACUCUGGUAAGGGCCACUACGCUGGGUAUUAUAACGGUGCCCUAUGAGCUGCCUGAGGAUGUGGCCGCAGUCUGUCCGAAUCUAAUGUAUGGCGCCUACUGUCCACUAUAUCCCACGGAAGAUGUUACCUAUAAAUUUGAGUUCCCAAUUGGUGAAUAUCCCGAAAUUGGUGUCAAAAUUGAGAUCUAUCUGGUGGAUCAGGAUCGCGAUAUAGCCACCUGUUUUGUGUGUGAUAUCAAGGUGAAGAAGGGCUCCGCAGGCUCUCAGGUCUACGAACUGAACUACCUUAACUAAGAAACGACACUAUGUUCAACUCAUUUAUAUAUCGGCAUAUUAUACUGUGAUACAUA